GCCGAGGAGGCCUCAUUGGCCGCGGGCCUCCGGCCUGUACCCUCGCGGCCUCGGCCGGCGGCAGCCUGUCCAAUCAAGGGCUCCAAGCGCCGACAGCUCUUGGCCACACUACGGGCCCUGGAGGCAGCAUCUCUUUCCCAACAACUCCCCAGCCUACCUGGCAGUGACUCUGAGGAGGAGGAAGUGGUGGAAAGGAAAAAGAAACGCCCCAAAAAGGCCUCAUUGGCCAGUGUUUCUACUGAAGUAGAGGAGAAAAGGAAGAAGCAGCACCAAAAACAAGGCCUACCUGGCAGUGACUCUGAGGAAAAGGAAGUAAAAAAGAAGAAGUGCCGUAAAAGGGCUCUUGAAAGUGAUUCUGCUGCAGAAGAAAAAAGAAAGGGGAAAUGCCAGAAACAGGCCCCUUCAAACCCUGCCCAGCACCUGGACAGUGUUGACCAAACAGGUCCCAAAGCUUGGAAGAGUAGUGCUACAGGUGACCCAUCCAAGCUAAGCUCUGUGGCCACUUCCCCCCAAACUCCCCAUGCCUUGAGUCGCAAGCAGUGGCGGAACCGGCAGAAGAACAAGCGUAGACACAAGAACAAGUUUCGGCCACCUCAGCCGCCAGACCCAGCCAAAGUCACAGCCCCCACAGAGGAGACAGAGGUGCCUCCUGCCCCCACUCAAGAUGACCACGAGGCUCGGGCAGGAGCUCUGCGAGCCCGCAUGGCACAGCGGCUGGAUGGUGCUCGAUUUCGCUACCUCAAUGAACAGCUGUACUCAGGGCCCAGCAGUGCUGCACAACGCCUCUUCCAGGAAGACCCUGAGGCCUUCCUCCUCUACCACCGCGGCUUCCAGAGCCAAGUCAAGAAGUGGCCACUACAGCCAGUGGACCGCAUCGCCAGGGAUCUUCGCCAGCGGCCUGCGUCCCUGGUGGUAGCUGACUUUGGCUGUGGGGACUGCCGCCUGGCUUCAAGUAUCCGGAACCCGGUGCACUGCUUUGACUUGGCCUCUCUGGACCCCAGGGUCACUGUAUGUGACAUGGCCCAGGUGCCUCUGGAGGAUGAGUCUGUAGAUGUGGCUGUGUUCUGCCUUUCGCUGAUGGGAACCAACAUCAGGGACUUCCUAGAGGAGGCAAAUCGAGUGCUGAAGCUCGGGGGUCUCCUGAAAGUGGCUGAAGUUAGCAGCCGCUUUGAAGAUGUUCGGGCCUUUUUGGGAGCCGUGACCAAACUGGGCUUCAAGAUCAUCUCCAAGGACCUGACCAACAGCCACUUCUUCCUGUUUGAUUUUGAAAAGACUGGGCCCCCUCGAGUAGGGCCCAAGGCUCAACUCUCAGGCCUGAAGCUUCAGCCAUGUCUCUACAAGCGCAGGUGACCUCUGGACCCCCCUUGAAGGGGGAGGCAAGUCUUGAACUCCAUUGUCAGAACUCCGAAGACUAUAACCAGCCAGGCUGUGACCCAGGACUGGUACCACCCUUCCUCUAUCCCACGAACGAAGUGUGAUGAAACCCCUGGUUCAGCCCCGCUCUGCUAAAGGAUUCUUGGUUGCAAGAAGCAUAAAAUCACUCGGGCUGGCUAAAGAAUAAGGAGUUUAUGGUGAGAACACAGGGAUAUCUGGGAAUUAUGGAUCCCCUAGGUGUCAUGGAAACUAGAUUAUUUGGAAUUCAAGGCAUCUCUGGGUUUGACUCUUUUUUUCUGUCUCUUAGGAGCCACAUGGGCUUUCUGUCCUGGUGUCUCCAUUCUCUCUUCUGAUCUUCUGUCUGCAGACCAGCUCACUCUGCUUACUCAUAGCUGCUGCUCCUUCACCUUUGGUCUGCUUCUUGGCUUGGACAACAAGUAGCCCAUCAGCAUCCUGGCUCAGUACAACAAACUGGGUUUCUGAGUCAGGACCGUUGGAUUGUCUCUGCACUAAACACUUCUUUCCCCUCUAGUCUCAUCUCCACCUUUGGGGCUACAUGACCCAAACACGCCCAGCAUCUGUUGUUGUCCUGUGGGCCCCUGGUGUGUGUCUGGCUGAGAGCACAGAUUUUAGAAUCAGGUGGGCCUGGCUGAGAGUCAUUUAAUUUUUGAAUGUCACAUUCCUCAUUUGGAAAAUGGUAGAAUUCCUGUCUCAUGGAUUGUUGUGGGCCAACUGAGGAGAUCUAUAGCCAGGGCUGGGUACUGAGGAGUGCUCAGUAAACUACAGAUGUAGCU